AUGAUGUCGGACGUGGAAAAUUUUAUGGAUAAUUGUCGUGCGGCACGCGAAAAUGCAUUUCAUCGAAAAUAUGAGCAAUCGUCGAUAUUAUUUCGUACAGCUAUUUCACAAUUAGAUCGUUAUAUUUCGAAGCGAACGAAUAACGAAGCACAACAACAACAACAACGCUUUUUUUUUUCUUUGAAGGUGAAAUCAUUGUUGAAGCAAGAUAUGGAACGUGUAAAAAAUUUAGCGGAAAUGGUGGUACAAUUGCGACAAUUGGUUAAUAAUACAACAGCGUCUUCACCAACAGAUUUACCGCCAACGGAUCCGGAUAAUUGGUCAUUACCGCCGCCAAUGCCAAAAAAACACAUUAUAAGAAAUAAAGCAUCAGCAGUGCUAACUUCAGUUGAUCGCAAAACAACACUACGUUCUCAGGUUACUCCAAAGAUUCUAAAUAAAUCAACAAGCCAGGUUCAUAUUGGACGAAAUGCGCUUAACAGACGAGCAAGUUCCGUAGGUCGAGCUGUAAAAGAAGCACCACAACCUGACGAAACUAAUCGUUCUGAUGAUAAAGAUAAAAAUGAGAAAGAAGGUGAGAGAAUUUUUGAUGAAAAAGGUUUUGAUAAAGAAUUGAUAGAGAUUAUCGAACGAGAUAUUGUGCAACAUCGGCCUGAAGUUUCAUGGAAAGAUAUAGCUGGUUUAAAAGAAGCGAAAGAGUUGCUUAAAGAAGCCGUAAUAUUGCCGACGAUGAUGCCGAAUUAUUUCAAGGGUAUUCGUCGGCCAUGGCGAGGUGUUUGCAUGGUUGGACCUCCUGGCACUGGGAAAACAAUGCUUGCAAAAGCUGUCGCCACCGAAAGUGGAACGACAUUUUUUUGUGUAUCUUCUGCGACAUUGACAUCGAAGUAUAGAGGUGAUUCUGAAAAACUUGUACAACUUCUUUUCAAAAUGGCGCGUUUUCAUGCACCUUCAACGAUAUUCAUCGAUGAAAUUGAUAGUUUAUGUAGUAAACGAGGUGUGGAUUCGGAACAUGAAGCAUCACGUCGAGUUAAAUCUGAGCUUUUGACGCAAAUGGAUGGUUGCGCUUCUGACAAUUCUCGAGUACUUGUUCUGGUUGCUACAAAUUUCCCAUGGGACUUGGAUGAAGCCUUGCGGCGGCGACUCGAAAAAAGGAUAUACAUACCAUUACCUGAUAAAGAAGGUCGAUUACAGCUACUCAAACUGUCUCUAGCUGAGGUUUCACUUGCUGCUGACGUAGAUCUUGAAGAGAUAGCAGAACGCUUAGAAGGAUAUUCUGGAGCAGAUGUAACAAGUGUAUGUCGGGAAGCAGCAAUGAUGAGCAUGCGUGCUCGAAUUAUCAAUCUGACAGCCGACGAAAUAAAAGAAUUAGCGCGAGAAGAUGUCGAUUUACCGAUAACGGCUGCGGAUUUUGCGACUGCUAUAGCACAUACUUCUCCAUCAGUCUCGCUAAAUGACAUUCAGAAAUACGAAAAAUGGAUUCAUGAUUUUGGAGCAUCAUAA